UCACAUUCACGGCAUUGGGCUUAGGUAUUUUCUUUUCAAAGCCCCUAUACGAUAUAUUCUUCUUGGAACGCAUCGAAUUUGACUAUACUGAACCUCCAACCACAUUUGCGUACACCGAAGAGCCCGAGAAGUAGUUAUGGAAGCAGUGAAAAAAGCCCAAGAGAGAUUAGCAAAGUAUCCUCUUGUUUUCGCCAAGUGUACCAAAACGGCAACUUUAUAUGCCCGCUGCGUUCUACUCAAAGACGAGGGACUGAAGAAAAACGACUGCGCUAAAGAGUUUGAAGCGUUCAACGCGUGUCUAAAAACAGCCGCUAAAGAGUUAAAAACGAGAAUUUAA